AUGCCCUGCAGACAGAUCCUGCAGACUGUGAACACUACAAGGUGUGCGGGAGGGAGAGAGAGAGGGCAAGGGUCUCAGCAGGGCGGGCGCGGAGCAGCGCGUAGCACCAGCAGCAGCGGGAGCCAGCGACGGUUGUACGCGUUCACUCGAAGGUCGGAGCAGGAGCGAAGAGCACUAGAACAGGCAACCGACGAUGAGCAGGCAGCAGACGCAUCAUCUGCGCAACAGCAAGUCGAGGACAGCAGUCCAACUGCUGCUACCGGCAACUCAGCACAACAUGCAGUAGCGUCAACCGGAAUUCGGAACGCGAGGGCACUCCGAGCGGUGUCCGCGCUAUCCCAAGGGAAAGGGUUUAGGGCCGCGGCCACGGCGCUCAGGGCGUCCGCGACGGGGUUGGAUGUUGGGGUGCCGACGGAGGCAACGACGACGACCCGACCCAAGAAAAUAUUGAUCAUCAUGAGCGACACCGGGGGAGGGCACAGAGCAUCUUCGCAGGCGCUGAACGCGGCUCUCGAGAACCUCUACGGCGACCAGAUCCACACAGAUAUCGUGGACAUCUGGACAGAGUACGGCCGGUUCCCCUUCGCCGAAGCCGUGCGGACGUACCAGUUUUUGGGGAAGCGCCCCUUCCUGUGGAAGCUUUCGUACGACAUGGCCCGGUUCCCGCCCACCCGGCGGUGGGCAGAGGUAAUGGCAAACCUGACGUGCCACCGGAGCUUCCGAAGCUGCCUGGAGAAGUACGAGCCGGACCUGGUCGUGUCCAUGCACCCCCUGUGCCACCACGUGCCCCUGAGGGUGCUAAAGAGAAUACGGGAGGACACGGGGAAGGAGAUUCCUUUCGCCACCGUUGUCACCGACCUCGGCUCGGCGCACCCAACGUGGUUCGACCCAAGGGGAGACCUUACGUACGUACCGAGCGACGUGUUGAGAGAAAGGGCCCGGGCCAGGGGCAUCCCGCAGCACAAGCUCAUGCAGUUCGGGCUUCCCGUGCGCGACGCCUUUUGGGAAGAGUCGUCGGACAAGCAAGCGGUGCAGCAGAGGCUGGGCUUGAAGGCGGGAGUGAGGACGGCGCUGAUCGUGGGAGGAGGGGAUGGCGUUGGCAAGCUGCAUGACAUCGCAACAAAGGUCGCAGAUCGGUUGGCCUCGGACCACCACCCGGGGCAAGUGGUGGUGGUGUGCGGCACGAACAACAAGAUGAGGGAGGCGCUGGAGGCGCACGCUUGGCCGGGGGAAGGGAGCGGGGUUAACGUGCGGGUGCUGGGCUUCGUGUCUAACAUGGACGAGUGGAUGUCGGCGUCCGACCUGUUGGUGACGAAGGCUGGACCGGGGACAAUAGCAGAGGCGUGCACGAGAGGUCUCCCGGUUAUCCUCUCCUCCUUCUUGCCAGGGCAGGAGGCCGGCAACGUGCCGUACGUGACGGACAACCACUUCGGGCUCUACAGAAAGAAGCCGAGAGACAUCGCCCACGAGUGUUGCCUGCCGCCUGGCGUGUUGCCGACGAGCGAACUGGUGGGCAGGAGAAAAGGCGGGUCGGCAAGCAAGUGCUGCUAG